AUGACAAGUAUGAAUAAUAUUCAAUAUUUAACAAAUAAAUAUAAUUUAAAUGAAUUAAAAUUAACAUUUACAAGAGGAAGAUAUAAUUAUAAAGAUUGGGGAAUUUAUGAUAAAAUUUCACCAAAUGGUUUAACUUUACAAGUUAAUUUUAAAAAUAUUCAAAAUUUCCAAAUAUGGGAUAAUUUAGUAAAUGAAUUAAGUGGAAUAUUUUGUGCAAGUAUUAAUUUUUUAACUCAAUAUGAACAACGUAGAGUUUAUAAUAGUGGUAUUGUAAAUUAUUUAAAUAAUAAUACUAUAUAUGGUACUUUAAGUGAAGAAACAAUUUGUACUGAAAAUUUAACUCCUUUUAAAUCAAUUUUACCUUUUAGAGGUAAUAUGGGAUUAAAACAUGCACCUGAUGCCAAUAGAGGUUUUGAUUUAAGUAGUGCAAUUAUUACCACUAGAAUUAAUUCUAAUAUUAAUUCUAAUAAUGAAAUAAUAGAUUACAAUGAUUACAAUGAUUACAAUGAUAAUAAUGAACAAAUAUUAUAUAGUGAUAGUUUAUUAAUUAGUUUACCUACACCUGAUUUUAGUAUGCCAUAUAAUGUUAUUACAUUAACAUGUACAAUUAUUGUUUUAUUCUUUGGAUCAAUGUUUAAUUUAUUAAUUAGAAGAUUUAAUUCACGUUAUGAAUCCGAUCAAUCAAAAUCUUUAUUAGAACGUUUAAUUUCUUUUAUUAGUAAGAUUUUUAAAAAGAAUAAACAAGAUUAA